AUGCACAGUUCCUCCGGGAUGUCAUCCUCAAACGUUCCAGCCUUCUUAACGAAGCUUUGGGCUCUCGUGGAAAAUCCAACAUGCGACGACUUAAUAUGCUGGGAUCAGACUGGAAACAGUUUCCAUGUCUACGAGCAAGCAAGGUUUUCAAAGGAAAUUCUACCCCUAUACUUUAAGCAUAGCAACAUUGCUAGCUUUAUUCGUCAACUCAAUAUGUAUGGUUUCCGUAAGGUGGUUCAUAUUGACACUGGUUUAAAGACGGAGAAAGAUGAUGUGGAAUUUCAGCAUCCUUACUUCAUCAGGGGUCAAGAACACUUACUGGAAAAUAUAAAGAGAAAGAUUAGUGGGGCGGUGCCAAUAGUGAAGACUGAGACCCCAUCAAUGCCAAAUGAUGUGAAUAAAGUUCUGACAGAGGUAGUGGUCCUCAAAGGCAGGCAGGAUACUCUGACAAAUCGACUGGAUACUGUCAAAAGGGAGAAUGAACUGCUGUGGAGAGAGGUGGCUUCACUCAGACAGAAACAUAUCAAACAGCAACAAAUUGUGAACAAGUUGAUCCAGUUCCUAGUGCACAUGGUUGGGGGUAACCGGGGUCUCUCUGGAAUGAAGAGGAAGAUGGGUAUGCCCCUGAUGAUUGGUGAUACAGAGGAACCGUCCAAUAAAGUGGCUAAAUAUACCAAGAGUAUGCCGCCCAUGCCUGCUAAGACUCCACAGAAUUACUCUGUACAAAGUCCUGCAUCUGAGUCGAAUGACUAUGUGGACCAGAGUUCAGGCGUCAUCAUCCACGAUGUGACAGAGAUAGUCAAGAAGGGGGAUGUUAAGACUGCAGCCCCAUCAAGUGGGCCAAGUGUUGUAAACCCUGGGGAACAGGCCAGUACAUCUACUCCUGGGAGGUUGGUCAUGCCUGAGGAUUUGUCCUUGCCAGAAGAUGUCACUAACCUGCAUUCUGAUCUGGUUGAUAAUAUUGAUAUGUUUACUGAUGGAAUAACGGCAAUGUAUCCCGAUAUAAAUGCGAUCCAGACAGAGACAUCGUCAGAAGAGAAAAACAUGGCACAAGCAAAGGAUAGCAGUGUUACUGAGGAGAAAAAUCAGUCUCCACUCAGUAUUACAGUCAACCAGUUCUCAAACAACUCUAGUGUAGCCCCACAAAACCCACCCGUUCUCAGUAGACAGCCUUCUUUGUCAGAGAUGUCAGACCACUUGGAUAGCCUACAGUUUGAUAUUGACAGUCUAAAAGAUGCUCUUUGUGGCGGCCAGUAUUCCGUCGACCCAAAUUUUCUUUUAGGGUUGUUUAAUCCCGAUUCCCCAGUUACCAUCAGUCCAGAAGGGUUUUCAAGUGAGGCAUCUACAGCACCAGUCAAGGAGGAGGAGGAUCCAGCAAAGUCGGCUUUGAUUCUAGGUAAUGAGCUGAUACAGUACAAGCCAUCGGACGAUGUGAUCCCAGACCUGUUUGACUUGGCUGAUCUGUCCCAGGCUGAGGAUGACCCUUUGAGUAACUCUUCUGUAGAUACAUUUAAAUCAAAAGCCCUGGAGACCCCCAAUGUACAGGUGUCAUCAGACGAGCUAGACAUUGAUUGA